ACUUCUAGAAGGAAGAUCAAGUGUCUUUAACAAUAAUCGCAGUUCCCAGUUUUCUCCAGAGUAGAGCAGUGCUGUGAAUGGAGCUCACAAAUGGACUGGUCAGCAAUGAGAGUGAAGCCACGCCCCUGGCGAUGACGCCACAGUCAGGGGAGAGGUCAGUGGAGAGGCCCCGCCCCUCACACGAGGAGUACCGGACCCUGUCCAUCGCCAGUGUGAUCUGUGGUAUCUCCUGCAUCGGAGUGCUAGCUGUGAUCAACUCAGUCAAGGCCAGUGAACGACGCUCCUAUGAUCCAGAACGCGCCGAGCUCCUUGCCUCGAAGGCCCGCCGGUUUGCUAUCCUGUCCAUCUUGGUGUUUGUUGGCAUCCUGGUUCUGGUCCCAUUGCUGAUGGCGCUGGUGUCAUACCUGCUGACGAUCGUGGACUGAGCCAGGACACUCGCUGACCGCAACACAAAGUGACCAGCGGACAGCCAGGGAACCAUGUUACUGAAAAACCAGGGGGGAGCAGGACACUGACCACCGAAUGAAACCACUGUGACAACAACCAGCAU